AUGCGCUUCAGUCUUGCAACCAUCGCCACCGCGGCACUCGUUCUCUCGGCUCUGGUUCCGGCUCUUCAGACGACUCUUCAUCAGGUUCCGGUUCCGGUAGCGGCUCUUCAGAUGACUCUUCUCACUACCUUCGAUGGUGGCAUGGUGAAAUUCGGUCGUGGCGUGUCCUGCUCCAGCGGCGAAGGUGGCGACAGUGACGCCGUCUUCAUUGUUGCCGACGGCGGCUCUCUCUCUAACGUCAUCAUCGGCGCUGACCAGAUCGAAGGCGUCCACUGCGAAGGCGCCUGCACAAUCACAAACGUCUGGUGGGAGGCAGUCUGCGAGGACGCUCUGUCCUUCAAGGGUAACGGUGACGGCACAGUCUCCGGUGGCGGUGCGAAGGGCGCCGCCGACAAGGUCAUUCAGCACAACGGUGUCGGCACAAUCUCCAUCUCUGAUUUCACCGUCCAGGACUUCGGCAAGCUGUACCGCUCAUGCGGCAACUGCAAGACUCAAGGUGAGCGUCACGUCAAGAUGAGCGGUAUCAAGGCCGACGGUGGCUCUGCUGGACUCAUCGGCAUCAACUCCAACUUCGGCGACACAGCCACCAUCACCAACUCCUGCAUCACUGGUACCAGCAUCAUCUGCCAGGAGUUCGAAGGUACUUCGCCCGGUAAUGAGCCCAAGAAGAUCUCCGACGGUCCCAGCGCGGCUUGUAUCUACACUGAGGCCGACAUCAAUGCCUGCUAA